AUGCUUUGCAGAGGACAUCAGGUGUUUCUGUGCCGCGCUGAGGCAGAAACACCUGAGUCAGAGCUACAGGAGUCAGAGCUACAGGAGUCAGAGCUACAGGAGUCAGAGCCACAGGAGUCAGAGCCACAGGAGUCAGAGCUACAGGAGUCAGAGCUACAGGAGUCAGAGCUACAGGAGUCAGAGCUACAGGAGUCAGAGCUACAGGAGUCAGAGCUACAGGAGUCAGAGCUACAGGAGUCAGAGCCACAGGAGUCAGAGCUACAGGAGUCAGAGCUACAGGAGUCAGAGCUACAGGAGUCAGAGCUACAGGAGUCAGAGCUACAGGAGUCAGAGCCACAGGAGUCAGAGCUACAGGAGUCAGAGCUACAGGAGUCAGAGCUACAGGAGUCAGAGCUACAGGAGUCAGAGCCACAGGAGUCAGAGCCACAGGAGUCAGAGCCACAGGAGUCAGAGCUACAGGAGUCAGAGCUACAGGAGUCAGAGCUACAGGAGUCAGAGCCACAGGAGUCAGAGCCACAGGAGUCAGAGCUACAGGAGUCAGAGCUACAGGAGUCAGAGCCACAGGAGUCAGAGCUACAGGAGUCAGAGCUACAGGAGUCAGAGCCACAGGAGUCAGAGCCACAGGAGUCAGAGCUACAGGAGUCAGAGCUACAGGAGUCAGAGCUACAGGAGUCAGAGCUACAGGAGUCAGAGCUACAGGAGUCAGAGCUACAGGAGUCAGAGCCACAGGAGUCAGAGCCACAGGAGUCAGAGCCACAGGAGUCAGAGCUACAGGAGUCAGAGCUACAGGAGUCAGAGCUACAGGAGUCAGAGCUACAGGAGUCAGAGCUACAGGAGUCAGAGCCACAGGAGUCAGAGCUACAGGAGUCAGAGCUACAGGAGUCAGAGCUACAGGAGUCAGAGCUACAGGAGUCAGAGCCACAGGAGUCAGAGCCACAGGAGUCAGAGCCACAGGAGUCAGAGCUACAGGAGUCAGAGCUACAGGAGUCAGAGCUACAGGAGUCAGAGCCACAGGAGUCAGAGCCACAGGAGUCAGAGCUACAGGAGUCAGAGCUACAGGAGUCAGAGCUACAGGAGUCAGAGCCACAGGAGUCAGAGCCACAGGAGUCAGAGCCACAGGAGUCAGAGCUACAGGAGUCAGAGCUACAGGAGUCAGAGCUACAGGAGUCAGAGCCACAGGAGUCAGAGCCACAGGAGUCAGAGCUACAGGAGUCAGAGCUACAGGAGUCAGAGCUACAGGAGUCAGAGCUACAGGAGUCAGAGCUACAGGAGUCAGAGCUACAGGAGUCAGAGCCACAGGAGUCAGAGCCACAGGAGUCAGAGCUACAGGAGUCAGAGCCACAGGAGUCAGAGCUACAGGAGUCAGAGCCACAGGAGUCAGAGCCACAGGAGUCAGAGCUACAGGAGUCAGAGCCACAGGAGUCAGAGCCACAGGAGUCAGAGCUACAGGAGUCAGAGCUACAGGAGUCAGAGCUACAGGAGUCAGAGCUACAGGAGUCAGAGCUACAGGAAGAACCAUGUCAGGGAUAA